UUAGUGUCAAAUUGUCAAUGAUGUCUUGGCAGCUGUCACUUCUCAAUUGAAGUCUUAGUUUACGACAAAAUAAAACUUGCGUGAACUAGAGCAAAGAAAUAUAAAUUUUAUUUGCUUCAAAAUUCAUAUCCAUAUAAAGUGCAUUAAUUUAUGUUUUAGGCCAUAAAAGUCACUUUUAAAAUGUCUUCUGAAACAGCUCAAGUUAGCUCCUUGCCACUUCCACCUCUCCAGUAUAUAAAUUUUUACACCGACGAUAAUGUUCGAAGAAAUAGGGCUCCCUUACCACCACGUCCUAUCCAUGAUUCAUAUCAAAUGUUUGGCCACACAUUUAAUGCUGACGAUACAAUAAUCAGAUCCUUGGAAAGUCAGGGUUUCCGUCGUCUCUACCCCAUGCAUUUUGAAAGAAGGAGGGAAUUGAAAAAGUUAAAUCACUCUCUGCUGGUGAAUUUCUUAGACCUCUUAGAUUUACUAGUACAUUGUCCCGAUUCGCCAAAACGAGCUGAGAAAGUAGAAGACCUCAGUCUACUUUUUAUUCACAUUCAUCACCUUCUAAAUGAGUUCAGACCACAUCAGGCUAGGGAAACUUUAAGAGUCAUGAUGGAAUUGCAGAAACGUCAAAGAGUGGAAACUGCUAUGAGAUUCCAGAAGCAUUUAGAUAAAGUUCAGGAUAUUCUGCAAAACGCUCUUCAAAGCUUACCAGAUCAAAAUGAAAUGGAAUCUAACUUCAAGGUGCCAACAGAGAUUUUAGAAGAUUACAAUCAAAGUGAUAGCGCCAAUAACGACCCAUGCUAUGAAUUGGAUAGAAUUAUGUGUAACAUUGUUGAUAAUAUGAGAUAAAUAGUUUUAUAAUGUCACCAUGUUUUACAGCACCUUAUUAAUACAUUUUUUACUUAAAACAA